AUGUCGGAUCCUAUUGAAGAUCCUUCCGAAUUGUUGUCGAAUUUGAAACUAAAAGAAUCUACUUCUAAAGAUUCAAAGGUAGAAGUUUCAAAAGACGUAAAAGAAACUACAAAAGACGUUAAAGAAGUUUCCAAAGAAGUUAAAGAAGAAGAACCAAAGGAAUCUGAAAAGACUGUACAAGAAAACUCUGAGGAGAAAAAAGCUGCAACUGAUGAAAGAGUUAACCCUGAUACAAAUUUAUUAAAAUCAACUUACGAAGUUAAAGUGAAACUUGUGGAUUUACAAGCCGAUCCAAAUUCUCCAUUACAUUCGGUUAAAUCUUUUGAAGAAUUAGGUUUACACCCAAACCUAUUGAAAGGUCUUUAUGCCAUGAAGUUUCAAAAACCUUCCAAGAUCCAAGAACAUGCCUUGCCAUUGUUAUUACAUGAUCCACCUAAAAAUAUGAUUGCACAAUCUCAAUCAGGUACUGGUAAGACUGCUGCAUUCUCCUUGGCCAUGCUAUCUCGUGUAGACCUUCAAUUGGGUCCUCAAAUUCCACAAGCAAUUUGUUUGGCUCCUACAAGAGAAUUGGCAAGACAAACUUUAGAAGUUAUCCAAGAAAUGGGUAAAUUCACUGAAAUUACAAACCAUUUGGUCGUCCCAGAAUCUUAUGGUAAGAACCAAGAAAUCCAAGCUAAUAUCAUUGUGGGUACUCCAGGUACAGUGUUGGAUUUAAUCCGUAGAAAGAUGAUUCAAACAAAACAUAUCAAAGUGUUUGUAUUAGAUGAAGCUGAUAACAUGUUGGAUAUGCAAGGGUUGAGUGACCAAUGUUUACGUGUGAAGAAAAUCUUACCAAAGACCACUCAAUUGGUUUUAUUCUCUGCCACUUUUGAUGAAAAAGUCAAGACUUAUGCUAAGAGAGUUGUACCAAAUGCAAAUGUUUUGGAAUUACAAAAUAACGAAGUCAAUGUGAGUGCUAUUAAGCAAUUGUAUAUGGAUUGUAACAAUGAAAACCAUAAAUUCGAAGUUCUUUGUGAAUUAUAUGGUCUGUUAACCAUUGGGUCCUCUAUCAUCUUUGUUGCGACUAAAAACACUGCUAAUCUUUUAUACGGGAAAUUGAAAAACGAAGGCCAUCAAGUCUCAAUCUUACAUGGUGACUUACAAACACAAGAUAGAGAUCGUUUGAUCGAUGAUUUCAGAGAAGGUAAAUCCAAAGUUUUGAUCACCACUAACGUCUUGGCUCGUGGUAUUGAUAUCCCUACUGUUUCAAUGGUGGUCAACUACGACUUACCUACAACAAAGAACGGACAAGCUGACCCUGCCACUUAUAUCCAUAGAAUUGGUAGAACUGGUAGAUUCGGAAGAACAGGGGUGGCUAUCUCCUUUGUACACAACAGAGAAUCAUACAUCAUCCUAAAUAACAUCCAAAAAUACUUCGGUAAUAUCGAAAUGACUAGAGUCCCAACUGAUGAUUGGGAUGAAGUUGAAAAAAUCGUCAAGAAAGUAUUAAAAGAAUAA